CUCAAUCUUUUGAUGAUGAUUACGAUGAACCCUACAAAAACUCGUAAACCCUUUCUGAGUUACUUUCUGUUCGUUUGGGGUUUUGUGUUGAUGGGUUUUAGUUUAGGACAACCCCAAACAAGUGUAAUCAAAGUGGGAGUAGUUCUUGAUCUUCAAACAACAUUUUCCAAGAUCUGUCUCACUUCUAUUAACAUGUCGUUAUCCGAUUUUUAUGAGGAUCAUCCUAAUUACCGCACAAGACUUGCUCUUCACGUCAGAGAUUCCAUGGAAGAUACUGUUGGAGCUUCAGCUGCAGCUUUGGACCUAAUCAAGAACGAACAAGUAAGCGCCAUCAUCGGACCCAUAAACUCUAUGCAAGCCGAGUUUAUGAUCAGACUGGCCAAUAAAUCUCAAGUACCGACCAUCACAUUCUCUGCAACAAGCCCUCUUCUGACAUCCAUCAACAGCCCUUACUUCGUCCGAGCCACUGUCGACGACUCAUCCCAUGUCAAAGCCAUUGCAGCCAUUGUCAAAAACUUUGGAUGGAGAAGCGUCGUUGCCAUUCACGCAGAGAACGAGCUAGGUGAAGGAAUCAUGCCUUACAUGUUUGACGCUUUACAAGGCGUGGAAGUGCAAAAGAGUGUGAUCUCUCCGGAUGCCAAUGAUGAUCAUAUUCGAAUAGAACUUUAUAAGCUCAUGAUGAGGCAGACAAGGGUAUUCGUUGUCCACAUGGGCUCAAGUCUCCGUCUCCGAGUUUUUCAGAUAGCUAAAGAGAUUGGGAUGAUGGAUGAAGGGUAUGUAUGGUUACUAUCAAAUGAAAUGACGCCUUUGAUGAGACAUAGUUUGGAGACUAUGCAGGGCGUCUUAGGUGUAAGGAGCCGCGUCCUAAAAUCUAAAGAGCAUGAAGAUUUCCGUUCGAGAUGGGUGAGAAAGUUCGAGAAAGAGAAUCCAUUGAUGGAGGGUAAUGUAGAGCUAAAUGUUUUUGCGCUAUGGGCGUAUGAUUCGAUCACGGCAUUGGCCAUGGCCGUGGAGAACAGCACAAUGAGCUUGACGUAUGUUAACUCUAAUGCCUCAAAAAAUAACAAGACAGAUUUGGGGAACCUAGGGGUCUCUCGCUACGGUCCAAGUCUUCUAAAGUCUCUCUCGAAUGUAAGAUUCAAGGGUCUAGUAGGAGAGUUUAAACUCACAAAUAGGCAGCUCGAGUCAUCGACUUUUGAGAUCAUCAAUGUUCUUGAAAAUGAAGAGAGGGUUAUCGGAUUUUGGACAACGAGCAAUGGACUCGUGAAUGCAAAUUCAGACACAUUAUUUUCAGGGGAGAAGUUGGGGCCGGUGAUGUGGCCAGGGAAGCCAAGAGUUAUUCCGAAAGGAUGGGAUAUUCCAACGAAGAAGGGGAAGAAGCUUAUAGUGGGCGUUCCUGUGAAGAAAGGCUUUUUAAAUUUUGUGGACACAAAUUCAACGAGCCCAAAGGGUUUCUCCAUAGAAAUCUUUGAAGCCGCUCUCAAGAAGUUGCCAUAUUCAGUCGAUCCUCAAUACAUCCCUUUGGAGUAUCUAGAUGAGGACUACAAAGAUUUGGUCUGCCAGGUCAAAAACGUGCCAUGGGAUGCACUUGUUGGAGAUGUAACAAUUAGAGAGGACAGGACUUUGUGUGCUAACUUCACGUUACCGUACACUGAGUCUGGGGUGUACAUGUUGGUGCCAAUGAGAGACAAUGAAGCCAACACAUGGGUGUUCCUCAAACCUUGGAGCGUAGGCCUAUGGGUCACAACCGGUUGCUUCUUCGUCCUCAUUGGUUUUGUUGUGUGGCUGUUCGAACACAGAGUCAAUACUGACUUCCGUGGAUCGCCUCAUGACCAGAUCGGUACUAGUUUAUGGUUCUCCUUCUCUACCAUGGUUUUCGCUCACCGUGAGAAGGUGGUGAGCAACUUAUCAAGAUUUGUGAUAGUCGUGUGGUGCUUUGUGGUGCUUGUGCUGACUCAAAGCUACACGGCGAAUCUCGCUUCUUUGUUGACGGUACAACGUUUACAACCAGCGGUCACAAAUGUGAAAGAUCUCAUCAAAAAUGGGAAUCCUGUAGGGUAUCAAUACGGCACUUUCGUUAAAGAUAUUCUUGAAAAAGAAGGAUUUCGUGAACUCAAGCCUUUUGGAUCCGCCGAGCAAUGUAUCGAGUUUUUAUCCAAUGGGUCAAUUGCAGCAGCUUUCGACGAAGUGGCCUACCUUAGAGAUAUAAUUUCUCACCUUCCUAACAGCUCCAAAUAUGCCAUGGUUGAAACUUCCUAUAAGUCUGCUGGCUUUGGCUUUGCAUUUCGCAAGAAUUUACCUUUGAGGGAUGAUGUCUCAAGGGCUAUCUUGAGUAUGACUGAAGCCGAUGAAAUGAAAGACAUUGAGAACAAAUGGUUCCCGAAACAAAUUAAUUCUUCUGAUACAGCGAACGUUAUUGCGUCCAACCGUCUAGGACUCGCUUGCUUAUGGGGACUGUUCUUAAUAGCAGGCAUUGCUUCAUUCUUGGCAUUUCUCGUCUUUGUAGCCCUCUUCUUGCACGAGCAUUGGCACACGCUACGUGAUGAUUCCGGAGGUUCCGUGUGGAGAAAGCUAAAGUCUUUGUUCAGAAUCUUUGUUGAGAAAGACAUAAAGUCGCAUAGUUUCAAGAAUGUGAGUACACCAAUUACUCAGAGCCCUUCGAGUGUGGAGAUCAGACCAUGGCCACGAAGCAUGUCAUUAAACAGGGAAUUUGAGCUAAAAAGAGUCACUUUCGUCGUGAGCGGUGAAAGUUUCAAAACGCAAUCGAAACAUGAUGGAGAACUGAUAGAGCGAAACAUAACCGAAACAUGAUGAUAAGUCUGGAGCUGAACGAUAAAGCGAAAUUCUUUAAUAAUUCCAUAGCAAGUUAGAUAAUAAUCUAGGUUCCAUGCAUAUAAUUAAUUCCAUGUAUGUUAUUAAAAAAAAUUUCAUUUGUUAAGUUAUAAACUUUAUGUCUAUGCUGUAUUUAUUUAUAGUAAGUAAAAAACUACUGUAAAAAGAUGUUGGUCAAAAGCAAAUCAUAUAGGUCAAUCAAG